ACAUCGUACAGUUCGUACACAACCGUUCGGUAGUAUAGAAGUGGAAUAAACAUUUAAACAUUUAGUCGAUGUUCCACAGCGCUUUUGUACACAGUUUUCAUGUUAAAUAAAUCGCAUUACACUUUGAACAUAACAAUACAUUCGAUGCAAAUGAAUUAAAUGAUUUUUUUUUUCGUCACAGAUCAUAUUUUGGCAAAGUGUUUUAGUUUUUGUUCGUGAGCCUAAAUAGAUUCAAAUUGAUAGACUAGAUUACAGAAGAAAAAAAAAGGAAGAAAAAAUUUCUUGUACAAAGACCAGAUUCUCAUAAAGCUAAAAAAAUGACCAAUACAAACGGAGACGUCUUUACAAUAACAACAACCCAAAUGGAACUGAAGAAAAAUGACAACGCUCCUCGCGCCAGCUCGUUCAUUCCGCAACUCGAGAAACGACAUUUCCUAAUUAAGUGUCUACCAAUAUCUACAGUGGACAUGAUCUGUAUGUUUCUUGGGGAACUAUUCGGUACAACUUUGUUACUUUUAUUCGGAUGUAUGGGUGGAUUAAACUGGGCCGGUACGGAACAGCCAGCAUUUGUUGGGCCAUUUAUUUUCGGCUUAGUAGUGAUGUCACUUGUUCAAUGCUUCGGUACGAUUUCCGGAGCUCAUUUCAAUCCGGCUGUCACACUGUGUGCGCUUAUCUAUCGCUUGAUUUCGAUCCCAAUGGCCAUUGCGUAUCUUAUAGCUCAAGUAGCUGGAGCUAUUAUGGGUUUCGGUUUGUUUAUGCUGUUAACGCCCGACGGGAUAUUCCGUCCGGAAGGUACAAUAGGCGCUGGUAUAUGCAGCACUGUACCGCGACCUGAACUGACAACCGUGCAAGUGUUCUUCUUGGAAUAUUUUGCGACAACGGUUUUGAUUACGCUGUGUUGCUCGUCCUGGGAUCCCAGAAACGCUCAACAACAAGAUUCUGUUGCUAUAAAAUUUGGCUUCGCUGUUUCGGUACUAUCAAUGACAGUCGGUCCAGCAACCGGUAAUAGCAUGAACCCGGCCAGGACACUUGGUCCCGCAUUACUAAAUGGUGAUUGGGACUUGCAUUGGGUUUAUUGGGUGGCACCAAUGUCCGCAGCGCUUAUUACCACUUUAAUCUACAAGGCACUAUUCUUCAGAGAUGCUCCUGCCGCAAAGAAGGAUAGUUAGAAUGAUUGUGUGCAGUAACGGUUAUACUGCUGUGAUGUGAUAAUAGUAGUUUUUUAAGCAAGACUGAACGAAAAAAAAGAACAAUCUUAUUGAACCGGAAAUGGAACUCUAGUCGUAAGGGUUCCGCUUUUAUACACCAUCGAAUUUUUGCUCAGAGACUAAUGAUUUAUUUAAAAAAAAAUAUUUAGACGAACAUAGGCAGUACAGUGAAUUUUAGGUCCUGAAAUAAUAAUUUCCUUCAGUCGCUGUGACUGACGCGCCAGUAUUUUUUUAUUUACUAAUUUUUCGAUCAGUAUUUGUUUGUUUUAGCAAUUUAAGUAUUCUUUAUUGUAGCGGUUAAGUAAAGAGUUAUUAAAGAAGACGAGACGUUUUAAUGUGUGGAGAAACGGUGAUAUUAAAUCGUAUAGGAUUAGUGAAGUUUGUCUUUUGAUAUGACGUGCGUUGUAAAAUAAUUUUCGAUUCAAUAAAAAA